CAUCCGUUCACUGAUGAUUCUCAUUCCUUAGGCUUCAGGUGCCAAUUUUUCAGGACGCCAGGUCCCCAUCCCACGUUAUGAGUCAACAGUGACUCAAUACCGCGUUGACCCCGAAGUCCAUGAAUACCUCGAGGCCUCGACGUGACGCUUCUGGAAGUGACCGAUUUGUUAUGUUGCAAGAAUGCCCAACAGGACGGAUACCACUACUAUUUAAUCGUCGUACCGCCGCACUGCUUCAACUUUUCAAGGGAGCAUGGGUGCUGGGUCCGUCACAAAAGGCUCUGCUGCCUACGCUCAAUUUCUCCAUUCGAGACCAUGGUACAGGAACACCCGCCUCAUCAUACUGAACUUUUGGAUCGGUAUCAUGUGGAUAACAUCCUAUUCAUAUGGUUAUGACGCUAGUAUGAUGAACGGGUUGCAGUCGUUGACGCAGUGGAAUAAAGCGUUUGGUUAUCCUUCUGGUGGGAAGCUCGGAUUGCUCAAUGCCAUCCAAACCAUCGGUGCCUUGACUGCUUACCCAUUUGCACCAUACAUGGCUGAUGGCUUGGGUCGGCGGUUCCCAAUAAUCUUUGGUGCAAGCUUAAUGAUUGCUGCGACCGUGAUCCAGACUCUUAGCCAGUCUGUGCAGAUGUUCAUUGGAGCCCGUUUCUUGAUCGGUUUUGGUCAGACAUUCGCUUCCGUCGCUUCUCCCCUCCUUGUCGCUGAGGUUGCAUACCCUUCACAACGUAGUCAAGCAACUACGAUGUAUGUCUCAUUAUGGUUCGUUGGAAGUAUCGUCGCAGCGUGGACUACUUAUGGCACCUUCAACAUCCCAACCAGUUGGGCGUGGAGAAUUCCUUCUGCGCUCCAGGGUGUUUCAUCCCUGAUCCAAGUCUUCUUGAUCUGGUUCGUCCCCGAGUCUCCGCGUUGGCUCAUGAGCAAGGGCAAAGAGGAGCGUGCUCUUGAAGUUCUCGCUUACUAUCACGCGAAUGGCGACGCACAAGAUCCUCUUGUACAGUACGAAUUCGAAGAAAUCAAGACUGCCAUUGCAUUUGAUCGAGAGGUAACUGGAAAUGUUGGCUGGCUUAGCUUGAUCAAAACCCCCGGAAACCGAAGACGUUUGCGCGUUAUCAUCGCACUUGCUUUCUUCUCGCAAUGGUCUGGCAAUGGUUUGGUUUCUUUCUAUCUGAACAAGGUCUUUAUUGCAAUUGGAAUUACAAGCCAGACAACGCAGUUGCUGUUUAAUGGUAUUCUCAACACCUACAACUUCAUCGUGAACAUUACUGCCGGCAUUUAUUGUGACCGUGUGGGCCGACGCCCGCUGUUCCUCACAUCUUGUAUUGGUAUGACCGUCUUCUGGAUUGCCCAGACGAUCUGCUUCUCCAUCCACCAAGAAACUGGUAGUAUCACAGCCGGAUAUGCUGUCAUUGUUUUCAUUUUCCUUUUCUACGGAUUUUAUAAUAUUGCGUUCCCGCCUCUCCUUACCUCAUACACCGUCGAAAUUUUCCCGUACCCUCUCCGUGCCAAGGGUUAUAUGGUGUUCCUCUUCAUGUUUUCUCUGUCUUUGAUCUUCAACCAGUAUGUCAACCCCAUUGCCCUUCAAGCUCUGCAGUGGAAGUACUACUUGGUCUACAUUUUCUGUCUGUGUCUCGAACUUGCGUUCUGCUACUUCUUCAUCAUUGAGACGAAGAACCGCUCUCUCGAAGAAACUGCCGCCAUUUUCGAUGGCGUAGAAGGCAUGGACCAGAUUCAUGACAAGGCUGCUACACAUGCAGACCCCACGCACCGUGUGGACGACAUAAAAGAGAAAGAGACGAAAUUAGAGUCUGCAGUUGCUCCGACGAAUGAAGCAACCUCGUCCUGACAAGCUCAGCCCAUCCGAGGCGGAUUGAGCAACAUCAUCAAGGACUUGGUCUACUUCCCUUUCAUUCUUCCCAUUCUUCAUGAUUGUGAUGCUUUAUGACUAGUUAUGACUGUGGUCGGUCCUAGGAUCGAUCCCACGAGUAUGCGAACGCCAAAACGAGGCACAUGGUGAACAACGUUUUUAUGUCUUCUCGAGAACGCGAGAUUGGAACAGGUUCCCAUCCAGCCAUCAAGUGACAUCAAUACAGCGCCGGUCCGCCCGCCGAAUGGUUAACUCGUGAUACGCUGACGUGACGUUAUGCACCUGUUAAUAUUCUGCCAAGUUUUUU